UUCCCCAAACUGUCGCUGUCACUAAACCCUCACGGCGUUUCGUAAACUGGCUCUGAAGCGGGGAAUAAUAAUAAUAAUAAUAAUAAUAAUAAUAAAAAGCUAAUUCGCUUGACGUUUUUCACGCCAUGUCCAGCUCCUGCUGCCGGUCUCUCUGUAGAGUCGGAAUCGAAAGCGUCUCCAUCCGGAAGAAGGCGCGUGAAGCACCUGGAUUGGAGAAGGGCGCGUGGUUGAGUGAGUGAGUGAAGUGAGCGCGCGCUCACGAGCACGAGAUGCGGCUGCAGGUGCUCGCCGUUCUCCUCCUUUCCCUUCAUGGAGCUGCUGCUCAAACUCAAGGAGUUUGCCCAGGGUCCAAGAAUGGUCUCAGUUUUAUAAACAGCCCUGCGCAGCAUUACAAUGUCUUGAAGGAACGCUACAGUGGCUGUGAGAUCAUCACUGGCAACUUGGAAAUCACCCUGAUGGAGCGUAACUUCAACUUCUCCUUCCUUGAAACUGUUCGAGAAGUGACGGGCUAUGUCCUCAUCGCUACAAACCAGUUUCGCCGGCUUCCUUUGGAGCAGCUGCGAGUGAUCCGUGGCAGCACGCUGUAUGAUAAGGAAUGGGCCCUUUCUGUCUUCCUCAACUUCGAUGGCCAGUAUGGAUUGGAGGACCUGGGUCUGACUCAUCUCACAGAGAUCCUGGCUGGAGGAGUGCAGAUUGUCAAUAACAAGCACCUAAGCUACGCUCCCUGGAUCCACUGGCAGGACAUAGUGAGAAACAGCAGUGCUCUCAUCCAGAUCAGUGAGAAUGGUCAAAAAGCGCCGUGUCAUCCUGACUGCGGUGGUUACUGCUGGGGUCCAACUAAGGAUCAGUGUCAGAUCUUGACUAAGACGGUGUGCGCGCCGCAGUGUCAUGGCCGCUGUUUCGGCUCCAGCCCGCAGCACUGUUGCAACACUGAAUGCGCAGGAGGCUGUACAGGGCCUAAGGAAACCGACUGCUUUGCAUGCCUGCAUGUGAGUCAUAAGGGAGCGUGUGUGCCUCACUGUCCACAGUCGCACAUCUACAACAAGCACACCUUCCAGCUGGAACCUAAUCCCGACGCCAUGUACCAGUACGGUUCAAUCUGUUUGCACACAUGCCCCGUUCACUUUGUGGUGGAUGGCAGUGCGUGUGUAAGUGCCUGCCCUCCUGAUAAAAUGGAAGUAGAGAAGAAUGGUACGAAGCACUGUGAGCCAUGCAAUGGACUCUGCCCAAAAGUGUGUGAGGGCACAGAUUCCAGUACGAGCAACAGACAGACAGUGGACUCCAGCAACAUUGACAGUUUCAUCAACUGCACCAAGAUCCAGGGCAGCCUCCAUUUUCUUGGCCUGGGUAUUAACGGGGAUGAUUAUAAUAAUAUACCUCCUCUAGACCCAGAGAAACUCAGAGUCUUCAGCACUGUAAGAGAAAUAACAGGAAUUUUGAGCAUUCAGUAUUGGCCUGCAGAGCUGAAGGAUUUGUCAUUUUUCUCCAAUCUUACCACGAUACGAGGACGGUCGCUUCACGUACCGUUCUCUCUGAUGGUGAUGAAGUUGGACUCUCUGACGUCUCUGGGUCUGCGCUCUCUGCGGGAGAUCAGCGAGGGCAGCGUGUAUAUCAGCAAUAACACGAACCUAUGUUACCAGCAUACCGUGAAGUGGCAGCAGAUCUUCACUGGCACCCAGCCUAAGCGCAGACUCAAAUUAAACGACAUCAAGUUCAACAAGCCGGCGAGACUGUGUGAGGCUGAGGGUCAUGUAUGUGAUCCACUGUGUUCGAACUUAGGCUGUUGGGGCCCCGGACCUGAGCAGUGUCUUUCCUGCAGGAAUCACAGUCGUCGUCAUACCUGUGUAGCACAGUGUAACAUCUUCUCUGGGGAACCACGGGAGUUCUCAGGUCCAACUGGAGAGUGCCUUGCCUGUCAUCCUGAGUGCCUACCACAGGAGGGGAGAGAGACCUGCAGAGGAGAGGGAGCAGAUAAGUGUGAAGCAUGUGCUAACCUAAUGGAUGGUCCUCAUUGUGUGUCCUCCUGCCCUUAUGGAGUGACUGGAGAGAGGGGACAGACUAUCUUUAAGUACCCAGAUAGUACAGGACACUGCCAGCCUUGUCACCUGAACUGCACAAGCGGAUGUACUGGUCCAUCUUUGAGAGAUUGCAUGGAUGCUCGUCUAACAGCGGACAGUCCUCACAUUGCAGCUAUAGUAAGCGGAGUGUUGGCUGGUCUCAUCGUGUGUUUGGCAGUCGUGGUGAUGGCGCUGCUGUACCGCCGUGGCCUGGCCAUCCGCCGCAAGAGAGCACUCAGGAGAUACCUGGCGAGCGGCGAGAGCAUCGAGCCGCUGGAUCCAGGCGAGAAAGGGACAAAAGUUCACGCUCGCAUCCUGAAAAGUUCAGAGCUACGCAAGAGCAAACUCCUGGGAUCGGGAGUCUUUGGUACCGUACACAAGGGUUUCUGGAUACCUGAAGGGGACUCAGUGAAGAUCCCUGUUGCUAUAAAGACCAUCCAAAACCACAGCGGGGGUCACGCUUUCGCUGAGAUUACAGAUCACAUGCUGUCUAUCGGCAGUCUGGAUCACCAAUAUAUCGUGCGUUUGCUCGGAAUCUGUCCUGGACAAAGCCUGCAGUUAGUCACCCAACUCAGCACUCACGGCUCCCUGCUGCAAUAUCUGCGGAAAAAUGCGAACAACCUGGAUCCCCAGCGCCUCCUCAACUGGUGUGUGCAGAUAGCCAAGGGCAUGUACUACCUAGAGGAACACCGCAUGGUCCACAGGAACCUUGCUGCUCGGAACGUGCUGCUGAAGAGUGACUACAUCGUGCAGGUUUCUGAUUUUGGCGUUGCAGACCUGCUCUAUCCUGAUGACAAGAAAUAUGUCUACAAGACUCCAAUAAAAUGGAUGGCAUUAGAGAGCAUCUUGUUUAGGAGAUAUACUCACCAGAGCGACGUCUGGAGUUACGGUGUGACAGUGUGGGAGAUGAUGUCACAUGGGGCGGAGCCGUACACUUUCAUGCAUCCUAACGAUGUGCCGGGUCUGCUGGAGAAGGGCGAGCGUUUGGCCCAACCACAGAUCUGCACCAUCGAUGUCUACAUGGUCAUGGUCAAGUGCUGGAUGAUUGAUGAGAACGUCAGGCCGACCUUUAAAGAGCUGGCUAACGAGUUUACCCGAAUGGCAAGAGAUCCACCCCGUUACCUUGUUGUCAAGAAAGAACAAAAUAGUGCUGCGGCAGAUGAGAGCCUUCUGCGCGAGCCUAAGCUAACGGAGGUUGACCUCGAAAGUGAAGAUGAUGAGGUGUUGGAUGAUGGCUUCGCCACUCCUCCUCUCCACAUGUCACCAUCUAGGAGUCACUCCCGCAUGCGAAUCGGCUCCUACAGGAGUGCCUCAGGCCAAUCUGUACCAGUGGGAUAUCUGCCCAUGACGUCAACUGCUGGGGAGGAUUUCAGACAGCUGUGGUCCCAGAGGAACCGUCUAGGCUCGGCGAGAACCACGUCUGAAAGCUCAGAAGGCAGGGGAACGAUGAUGGACAUGGAAAUGUGCGAGAUCAGCUCUCAGACAGGAAGCCUACGCAGAGGAAACAGCCGAGGAGACAGCGCGUACCUGUCCAACUGUGUGUCUGUCACAUCUGAUCCUUUUUCCCCAGGAAUAGAGGCGGCUGAGGAGGACCCAGACGGGUAUAUCCUACCGAGAAGUGCGCACAGUUCAGGAAGAGACGCUCUGGUGACUCGAUCCAGUUCCAGAGCCAGCCUUCGACAAAACAGGGCAACUAAAAACAAGAGUCAACCGCACGCUAUCCCAGAUCCGUCGCAGGAGUAUGAGCUGAUGAGCAAACAGCCCGCUAUACUCCUUCACUCACCGGGAGACGCCAGUGGCGACGGCGCAGCCGAUCUUUCAGCCUCGCGACAGUCUCCCUGUGCUGAUCUUGUGACCUGCAGUAGCAGCCUCUCACCACACGAGGCUGUCCAAACACAAAAUGCCACUGAUGAUGAAAGUGAUGACAGACCUGUGCCAGUUCCGGCAGACAACGAGGGAGUGUCUGAAAAAGAGCCCUGUGAAGACAAUGUUGACGUCGGCACAGUUCCGGCGGAGGGGCAACCAAAGCAGGCUGUGGUUGAGUACGAAUACAUGGACAUAAGAAACGAAUCGAUAUUAGAAAAAGCCCACACCAGCUCACACAAGCCCAGAGAAGAAGCCAUUUACCAGAACACUUGUGAGCUAUCUGCUCCGAAUGGGAACAACAGAAGGAGCUGCAAGGCGGAUGAGGACGAGGACGCGGCCAUCGCUGAGCAGCCGGAUGAAUACGAGGACAUGAAUGCAUGUGGGAAGGUUUGUACAUCAGGUGUCCGGCUUGAGUACCAGAACUUUCCAGCCAAGGGGAGAAUGGUUUCAGGUGAAGAGCCACACAGAGUUACAAUGAGAGCCUUCAGGGGCGCAUGUGCUGGUGUGGAUGAAAAGAACAGCAGCACGUCUUUUGACAACCCGGACUACUGGCACAGCAGACUGUUCCACAAACCCGACGCUGUAUGCACAUAAUAAAGCAUCACUGCAGAAGUCCUGAACUGUGGCAGCUGGUUUGCUCAGCAGAGACCUGAUCUUGAAAAGUGUGUAUGCUGUUUUCCAAACCAUACAUCAGGAUUUACACAUUGGCAUUGAAAUGUACACACUGUCUCACACAUACUCUCGAGUGUAAUCCCCUAAUCAGAGGUAAAGUGAUUAGGGGUCGGUGAUUUUUUAAUUCAGAACACUUUUUGCAAUACCUGAGACAAAGUUCUCCUCACGUUCUGGCAGCUUCCAAUAAAAUAUCUACUCAGUGGAAGGAAGAAAAAAAAAAAAAAAACCUUCCAGUGUCUGUGAACAUGGAUCACGAACAUCCAAGCCAUCAGGACAGGAUUGCUUGCCUGUCAAUCAUGUUGCCUGAAAUUUACACUACCAUUUACACCGUCUUGUGCUAGCGUUUUAGAUUUUCUGGCUUCGAAUACGCUAACCCCCUCCCAGGUGUAAUUCGAGUUAUACGUGUGUGUUGUGGUGUAUUGGUGAUUCCCAUUAGCAGAUAAAUGGGCCAUGUUUUAAAAUGUGAAAUCAUUUUAAUCCACUUUUUUCUUCUGAAACAUGACUCAGGCAAUAAAGACUUCAAGGCUGGA